GGAGGUGGAGCGAGAGCGCAGACGCGGAGGAGGUGGAGCGAGAGCGCAGACGCGGAGGAGGUGGAGUAAGAGAGAGCAGACGGGGAGAGAAAACAGGCUGUAUAUCUCCCUUGACUCACCCUAGAAGAAGAAAGCGGUCAAUCCAAGGGGCUCUGACAGAAAAACGGGAGGGAGAGAGGGGGACCGGGGAGAACAGAGGACCGGGGAGAACAGAGGACCGGGGAGAACAGAGGACCAAUGGCUUCAGACAGCGAAGCUCUAGAACCUAUACCACAGUGCUCUACAUUUCUUGCCCUGGAAACGUUUUCUCCUGAGAAGGCCGGAUAUAGAACAUGGCGAGAAUCAUUGACAAGAUACUGCAGGGAGUUGGGGUAGAGGAACAAUAUACUGUCAAAUGUUGUGAUGUUGUCCAAGCUCUGGAGCUUAAGAAUGUGGAAAACUCUAAAGAACACUCUAGAAAGGAGGUAAUAACCUCUUCUGUGGACUCCCAGGUGUUUUCGUAACAUUGCUGUAGCCCUUUUCCAUUUCCAUUAGGUCAUUCAGACAGUCUUAUCAGGACCCUUUUGCAGAAGUCAGUAGAAAGUGUGAAAAACCAUCUUCGUACUGUUUCGUACUGGCUCCACUCCUCAUGGGCUCCACGACUGAUUUUGUUGCCGAAUGCAUAGAUACGCUGGGGGUCUGUAGGAGAGGUCAGAGACCCAGCACUCUAGAAAACAUUAGAACAUUCUAGAAUAUCAAGUCAGUGCCAACUGUAUUAUAAAGGGCUAAUUAUCCAAGUUCUUCGAGGGCCUGGUGCCUUCUUUGCCAUUAAUGGCUUCCACCAGGUUAAUGCAGCCCAUUGGCUGGUCACUCCUGAUGACACGGCUGGAGUCUCGUCAGUCUGGGUCAUCGGGAGGCUUUGGCCAACGGUGAAGGAAGCGAAUGGACUCCUCAACAGUGUGGCCUGGAUGUACAGAGGAGGCCUCUCAGCUGGUUGAGUGGCUGUGGACGUUGAACUGUGUCAAGGGAGGUGAGCUCUGUGCACCCAUGAAGUGUUGACGGGAGGCUCAAGCAGCACCCUACUGCCAGUGGCUGUACUGCUGUCCGGCGCCCUACUUUUGACCUGCAUCAACGGGGCUCUGGGGAGAAUUAGUGCACUAACUGGGGAUUAGGGUGCCGGUUGGGAAAAGGCAUUUCUUGAUACAGAAUGAGUUUUUUUUUUUGUUAUUCUAUUUUUACAAGAAUCGCUAAAAUGAUGUAUAUUUCUAUGUAAUUGUAAUUCAGGUACAAAAAUCAUGAUGCAGCUGUUUACAUGUGAAAUAUUGUACAGAUUUUUACUGAUUAAAGUCUUACUUAAUUUAUCAAUCGCAUUAUGAAAUACUGUGUUUUGGGCCUGUGAUAUUUGAUCAGGAGCGAUCCUUGCUGAAAACUUAACUGAUGCCGUGGGCCGUCACCCCUAGCGACAGGAUGAGUUUUGGUCGCAUCUCAUUUGUUAUUGGUUGAGUGUCUCCAUCCUCCUGGCCUUAGUUAGUAUAGUGUUUAUUUGCCUGCUCAGAGAAUCCUUUGUUUUUAGAUGUUUACAAGCAGAGGGCGCCACAUACAGAUACAGAGGAUGAACUGUUUUUAUUAGAUGAUUGGGUCCGUGGACACAUGACUGGGGGAGAGGAUGCAGAUUCUCAUGACCUGCCCACUUUGCAGUGUCUGUUCAAUGAGGUGUGUGUGUGGUUAGCAUAAUCUAAUGCAGCACAGAGAACAUGUGCCGCUCAUUUGAGCAUUACCAUGAGCACUGAUAUACACUAUUAAUGCUCCUCUGUCCAUCACUGUUCACUAUACCUGCUAUUCUGUCCAUCACUGUUCACUAUACCUGCUAUUCUGUCCAUCACUGUUCACUAUACCUGCUAUUCUGUCCAUCACUGUUCACUAUACCUGCUAUUCUGUCCAUCACUGUUCACUAUACCUGUUCCCUGUUAUUGACUUAAUAGGGUAUGGGGUAGGAGGGGCAAGUCUAGGCCCCUCCUACCCGAUAACAUUCCGUGUAGAAUAUUUGGUGGAAGGGGCGGAUCUGGGAAAUCUCAUCUAAAUCCUGUAUUUUCUGAGUAACAGACUCCUUUUGGAGCAGCAGUCUCCAUAUCUGUCUGUAAGUACUUUAAAAGAGAAUUGUCUAAGAUCUGUAACAGCUUUGAGGUGUGUCUGUCUGCAUAAGAGAUCUGGAUCUCCAACAAAUCUCUUCAAGGAAAAAUGUCAAAGGGAAAGAUGAACAUCCAGGUGCCUGUUGUGGCCAUUGGAGCUUUUGGUGACAGUCCAGUCCAGAUGACUUGUCCCAACUGUCACCAUGCUGUGGUGACCAAGGUGGAGUUCACCUCAGGCGUUCUCACGUACCUGUUCUGUGGAGGUCUCUUCUUCUGUGGGUUUGUUCUAGGUUGUUGCCUCAUCCCUUUCUGUUUCGACCGGCUCAAAGACGUCAAGCACACAUGUCCCUCCUGCAAGACCGUCCUGGCCGUUUAUAAGCGCUUAUAAUCACUUCAUGACCGGCGAGCUACCCGGCUAUAACAUUGUGUAUUCUCUUCCAAGACGCAUUUUUCUUCCACAAAAGACUGCUGCUUCUCAUCCAGUAGAUCUGUGCUUCAGAUGAACACGUGUUUGAACGGCUAAAUCAACUUAACUGAAUUUAACUGUCACAUAAUGUUGCCCUUGAGAGAGCUCCAUUCUGUUGGGACCAGUCCCUUGACCUGAGAGAGCUCCAUUCAGUUGGGACCGGUCCCUUGACCUGAGAGAGCUCCAUUCAGUUGGGACCGGUCCCUUGACCUGAGAGAGCUCCAUUCAGUUGGGACCGGUCCCUUGACCUGAGAGAGCUCCAUUCAGUUGGGACCGGUCCCUUGACCUGAGAGAGCUCCAUUCAGUUGGGACCGGUCCCCUGUUGAAGCUGUAGCCUUGACGACAACAACAACAUAAUUUUGUUAAAGUAGAAAACGUAGAAUGUGAAUGUUGCUGAUGUUUCUGUCGCGAGUGUUUUUGGACUGAGUGCUGUUGUGAUUAAUUGGGAUUAAACAGAGAAAUAAAAUUGAUUCCCAACCAUG